GCUGGCCUCCCCUCGCCGUUCCUUUCCUCUCCAACAUCCCACUGUAUCCAUCCAGUACAGCGGUAAUCCACAAUGCAGUUUAGCAACUUUUUCCUGUCCAUCUUCUUGGUCUUCGCAGUCGGCUUCGCGCUGGUCCAGGCGGAGGAUGCCAAGCGGGAAACCCGUGGCCCCAAGAUCACCAGCAAGGUCUACUUCGAUAUCCAGCAUGGCGAUGAGCCCCUUGGUCGCAUUGUGAUGGGCCUAUACGGCAAGACCGUUCCUGAGACUGCAGAGAACUUCCGUGCUUUGGCCACUGGCGAGAAGGGCUUCGGCUACGAGAAUUCCGCUUUCCACCGUGUCAUCAAGGACUUCAUGAUUCAGGGUGGUGACUUCACAAAGGGUGACGGCACCGGUGGCAAGUCUAUCUACGGCAACAAGUUCAAGGAUGAGAACUUCAAGCUGCGCCACACCCGUCCCGGCCUCUUGAGCAUGGCCAACGCUGGCAAGGAUACCAAUGGCUCCCAGUUUUUCAUUACCACCGUUAUCACCGGAUGGCUCGAUGGCAAGCACGUCGUCUUCGGUGAAGUUCUCGAGGGCAUGGAUAUUGUCUACAAGAUCCAGGAUGUCCCCGUCGGUGGUGGCUCCAAACCCCAGAAGCCCGUCAAGAUCGUGAAGAGCGGAGAGCUCGAGAUGGAGUCGGAACCCGAAGACAAAGGUAGCCGUGACGAGCUGUGAAUGCAGCACGCUCCUGUUAUACUCUUGUUUUUUUGCUGCUCGGCGACGGUGAGCUGAUGCGUGCUUUCUCUUAAGAAUACGACGACUAUCCGACCGAUGAAGCGCCAGUGGACUCCUACUCUUUUUCGAUGCGGCCCAUGCUGAUCUUCCUGGUGCUGGUGGCGAUCGUCGGAUUCUACUUCUACCGUCGUCGCAACCAGCAGGGAAAUGGCGAUGACGACUACAAGGAAUACUUGUAGAUCCUCCCAAGUGUUUCAUGAGCUUCUUG